AUGCGGACUUCGGUGCAACCCACCAGCGUCCUGCUGGCCCUUAUGGCCAUGCCCCUCGCAUCUGCAGAAAAGGUUCUUGGAGCUUAUAUCUUCGCUCGUCAUGGUGAUCGGACGCCCAAGGUGCUGGGCAACACUCAACUCACCGACCUGGGGUAUAAGGAAGUGUUCCUCACUGGUAGCUACUACCAUGACCGCUACAUCAACUCCAACUCCUCGCACUACAUUCAGGGGAUCAGCGAGGAGAUUGUCAAUCUCAACCAGAUCAGUGCUUCGGCGCCCUCAGAUAACGUGCUUCAGAAUUCGGCCACCGGUUUCCUGCAGGGUGUCUAUCCUCCCGUCGGAUCCAUGGCCAGCCAAACACUGGGCAAUGGCACGACAGUUGAGGCGCCCUUGAACGGCUACCAGUUGGUCCCUCUGGCGAUCAUCGAGACCGGUACCAACAGCGAGAGCAACACCUGGUUGCAGGAUGCGACCCAGUGCCAAAACGCUGAGGUCAGCAGCAACAACUACUACAGCUCAGCGCUCUACAAGGGUCUGCUCGCCUCCACCAGCGACCUCUACAAGUCGCUUUCGCCAUAUCUAAACGACACCUUCACCGACUCCAAGAUGAGCUUCAAGUCCGCCUACACCAUCUGGGACUUCCUCAACGUCGCCUCCAUCCACAACUCGAGCAGCGACUAUCCCUCCGCGGAGAUCCGCGAGAAGCUGCUCCUGCUCGCCAACAUUGAGCAGUACAACCUGGCCUACAACGCCUCCGAGCCUAUCCGCGCCGUCGCAGGCUCCACCCUCGCCGGCGAGAUGCUCCAGGGUCUCAACAAGACCAUCACCUCCAAGGGCAAGAGCAAGCUGAACAUCCAGUUCGGCUCGUACGGCACCUUCCUCUCGUACUUUGGCCUGGCGCAGCUGCCCGCCGCAACAGUCGACUUCACCGGCAUCCCGGACUACGCCUCCUCCAUGGCCUGGGAGCUCGUCACCAACUCCACCUCGGACGAGUUCCCCUCCGCCUCUGAGAUCAGCGUGCGCUUCAUCUUCCACAACGGCACCAUCAGCAGCUCGUCCACCCCGGCCGAAUACCCCUUGUACGGCCAGUCGAGCGCCACCAUUCCCUGGUCCGACUUUGUGGCGCAGACCGAGAAGAUUGCCAUCACGGACGACGAGCAGUGGUGCAAGGCAUGCGGAAACACGGACGGCGCGUGUGCCGCUUACACUGUCUCCUCUUCUGGAUCCAACUCUUCCUCUACGGGCUCGAACUCGUCCGACGGUGGGGUGUCGCGACCCGUCGCUGGUGUUAUCGGUGCCAUGGUCACUCUGGCGGUGAUCCUGGGUCUGGAAGCGGUCUUCCUGCUUUUCGGUGGAUUCAGAAUCACCAAGAAGCGCAAUGUGUCUGAGACUGAGACCACAACUGUUGAGGGGCCUAAGAAGGCUUGA